AUGCAACUACAGUUACCUAAAUCUGAACUGCCAGAUGAUAAAAUAGAAGAAUUAGAGAAAUUGUUAAAUCAACAAAGCAUAAAGCUAGAUUUGUCUAACGAGAGGAAUGAUUUGAUUAAGAAGCGAACGUCGCUCAAAAGUUCUGUCGAGGAAUUACGGGUUAAAGUAAAAUACUUACAAAAUAUGAAUGAAAAGCAGAGACAAAAAGAUCGCCUUGGCAAACUAUUAGAACAUAACGAUAAAAGGUUUAUCGAAAGCCAAAAACCUAAACCUGUGGAAGCACCUGCAGACCAAGACGAUAACGAAUACAUAUUGAACAACUUACAUGUGCUACCAUCCAACGAUUGGAUGAAACGACUCAACAUGGCAAAAAAGUUCUAUCCAUAUUUAGAGAUCAAUGAAGCCCAAAAUACAACUGUGUAUGAUGAUAAGAAAAGCACUUUUGUCAGAACUAUCAGUUACACAGUCAUAUCACCAUACUUAUUUCGCCUACCUAUUGAAGUAAGCAUAAAUUCAUCUGAUGAGUCUAUCAUGUCCAUAUCUAUAGCUAAUGACAAUGUUAAAGAAGGCAUUAUGACAAAUUUUUCAUUACUUUCAUCAUCAUUUACUAAAGUCCUAGUUCAGAAUUACAUACUGAAUGGAAAGGUCGAUUUAGUAAUGUACAGCUUGAAUUCAUUGUCUAUAGCUAUACACAAAAGAAUUUCCACCCUCUACAAGCUAAUAAGAAAAUUUCGUCAGUACAUAAAAUCCGAGAGUUACAUUGGCGAUCUAUUAAAAAAACAAGAGAUUGAAGACGAUGCUACAAUAUUUUCUAUACUAAAAUCGGUGGACAAUGUUGAAUUUACGAUCCCGGUGAAUGGUACUUCAAAUGAUCAUUUCACGAUCAAAUUUCAGUGGGAAAUAGUAGUAUCGAAUUCUGUGAAUGCUGAGUGUGCAUCUGAUCCAAAAAUAUUUUUAACGAAGGACAGGGAUAUACAGGCGACAGAAGAAAGGGUUCCGAAAUCAUCUUGUACCAUACAGGGUGCUAAUUCACUAUUCCUAAGACUAUCGAAAGAGUAUGGUAUUUUUAACGCUGUAUGUAUAUUGUUCAAUAAUGUUUUUCAUAUAAGCUCAGGUUGA